UUAUUAUUCGUACAUACUUCCCACACACUUCCCACACUCUCACAUAGCUUCAUCCUCAUUCGCCCUAAUCACUAAAUCAUGUCAGGCGGUUUCUUUCGAGGAACUACGGCUGAUCAAGACACUCGAUUCUCUAAUAAACAUGCUAAGCUUCUUAAAUCUCAGAAGUUUCCUCCUGAAUUGGAGAAUCUGGUGGACAUGACAAAAGUUAAAAUGGAUGUCAUGAGGCCAUGGAUAGCUCACAGGGUAACUGAACUACUUGGAUUUGAGGACGAGGUUCUCAUUAAUUUCAUUUAUGGUCUUCUUGAGGAGAAGGUAGUUAAUGGCAAAGAGAUUCAAAUUUCACUUACUGGGUUUAUGGAGAAAAAUACAGGGAAGUUUAUGAAGGAGCUUUGGACACAUUUACUUAGUGCGCAGCAGAACGCGAGUGGGGUCCCACAACAAUUCCUGGAUGCCAAGGAGGAAGAAACUAGGAAGAAGCAGGAGGAUACGGAUCGCAUAACCAGAGAAUUGAAGAAAACAAAAGAGAAGGAAGGCCGUGAGUAUGAGCAAGAAAGAGUGAAUAUGGACAGAGAGGCUGACAACGUGAAAGCUGCUGCUUUGGAGCCGCACUCAAGGAGACCCACGAAGUUUUCUAGCAAGUGGUCAGCUGAGGAUAAAGAAGCUGAUGAGAGGAAUGGCACACAAGAAUUGCCCAGGAUUAACCCGUCUCCACAUUCAGCUGAUCAUUCUUUGUCACCACCUCGCAGACGGGCACGUUCUAGGUCCUUUAGCAAGUCCUUGUCUAAUUCUAGAAGUCCUUCAAGGUCAAGAAGCUUGUCAGCAUCUCCUAAACCCACAAGACGUUCCCUUUCUUCUGAAAGGAGGCACCGCUCUUUAUCAAGAAGAUCUUCAACACCUCGUCGAGUCGACUCACGUAUGCGAUCCCCACCUAAGAGAUAUGGAUCAAGUUCGCGCAUAAGGUCACCUUCUCCUGUAAGGCGAAGGCUUAAAUCUCCCUCACGACGUAGAUCUAGGUCACCAGUGUUGAACAGAUCACGGUCACCUGUUCGACGCACAUCAAGGUCAACUAUAAGGCACAGAUCACGAUCUCCCAUCUGGCGAAGGUCACGGUCUCCCACUCGGAGGAGAUCACGUUCCCCUAUUCGGAGAUCGCGUACUCCUAUUAGGCGAAGGUCACGGACCCCCAUUCGGCGUAGGAUGCGAUCUCCCAUUCACAGGAGGUCACGGUCUCCUGCUUUUAGGAGGUCGCGAUCCCCCAUUCGCCGCAGGUCGCGAUCCCCCAUCCGUCGCAGGUCGCGGUCCCCUAUUAGGCGAAGGUCACCAUCCCCUUUUCAACGCAGGCCGCAACGUCCUUAUCGACCCUGGUCACAUUCAUCUGAAUCUUCUCCUCGAAACAUGUCGCUAUCUCCUAUGCAUUCUAGAUCUCCUCCUCCAGUUCGUGGCAGGUCCCCAUCUCCUGUGAGACAGCGAUAUCAAAGAGCUUUAUCUAGUCCACAUCAUCGAUCUCCUUCUCCAGUUCGACGCAGGACAACUUUCCCUGGGCGUCAGAGAUCCCUAACUCCAGGAAGUAGGUCUUCUUCACCUUCAGGACGUGUUUCGUUGUCUCCUAAACAUGCUACACCCCCUUCAAUGCUAAAAAGGGGAUCGCCAAAACAUCAGCAGAGAUCACCUGUACAAUCUUCAAGAGACGAACACAGAUUUGUUCACAGAAGUGUUCCUGAUCGUCAAGCUCCACGGAAAGAGACUGCUGAGCAUCCACCUGUAUCAGUAAGGUCUUUAGAAAGAGAUUCAAAGGGUCGUAGAAUCUCUCAUAAUGGAGAGCAAGCUUUAUCAUCCUCACCAUAUAAGUCUCCCCGUUCGGCAUCUCCACCAGCCAUUGGGAGAAGUCUUAGUCAGGAGACAAGCCCUAUACCUCCACCAAGACAAAGAGGAAGUAUGAAUGCUAAGGAUCGUUUGGAUCGUGUAGAGGUGGAAAGAAGGACUUUUUCCAGAUCGAAGGAAGACAAAUAUGAGAACAAAAAUCCAGUAAAUGAUAAACUUGACAAAACUAAACAACCUUCUGAAAAGUUAGCUAGUCAGCAUCACUCCAGUGGCCCUCAAGCUAUGGAUAGUAAAAGCAAGAGUGAUGAUGGAAGGAGAAUUUAUCCUGAAUUAUCAAAUGACAUGACACAUUGCCCUGAAAAAGGAUAUAAAGCUGAUGAGAUGAUUCAGGAAGCAACGAAAUUGCCCAAAUUGUUGCAAAAAGUUGAGAGGCAUAAGCGAAGUGGGUCAUUAGAUUCUGGCUCUGAGGAAAGUGACCAUAGGAGAAAACACAAAAGGUCAAAAAGGAAAGAUGUCUCAUCAGAUGAUGAUAGUGAUGACUCCCAUGCAGACAGCAAGAAGGAAGCUAAGAGAAGACGCAAAGAGGAGAGAAGAAUGAAGAAAGAAGAAAAGCGUAAACGACGGGAAGAAAGACGUCGCAAAAAGGAUAGUCGACGCUCAGAGAAGCUCAAACUGAAAGCCGGAGAGAAUGUCUCUCCAUCUUCAGAUCUUGAUAAGAGUCAAGAUAGCCAUGAAGAGGGAUUAUCUGAUCCAAAGAAACUUGAAAUUGAGUUGCGGGAAAGGGCCCUUGAAUCUCUGAGAGCCAAAAAAGGCGUUGGUCAUUAGUUUUAAUGUUAACUUUGAAUUGCUAUCUUUUAAAUGACUUUCAUCAUGUUAUCUUUUGUCCCCAAUCUCUCUUAAAACGUUUACAAUUUGGUUGUGUAUUGUUGAUAGCCGUUUAAUACUAGCCUGUCUUUACUGAUGGCAGCUUGAGGACUGA